AUGACCAGUAAAGAAGAAGACGAACACAGAAUCUUCGAUCACUUCCCAAGAAGACCAAGAUCAUCAUCAUCAUCGUUAAAGAAACCUCUUCAAUACUUUAAUGGUUCUUCUCCGCUCUUCGAUCUUAACAAGAUUCCCUCAGAGACGACAAAGACUACAAACCCACAAAACCUUAGUUCCCUAUCAUCUUCGUCGUCGUGCCUAAUAGAGAACAACACAAGCCGCAAGAGACAUGCCGUGCAAGAAGGAAAGAUUAGUUUCAAGAAAGAAAAGGUGUCACCUUUCUUCACAUGGGAGGGGAAAGAUACGCCGGAGUGGAUGGUUCAGUUGAUGAGAAGCAUGAAAGGAGCCUCAGACCCGAUGCUAAUCUUUGAGAAGACUCUGUUCGAGACAGAUGUCGAACAGAGUCGAAACGACUUCUUGACACCUCUUGAGUCAAGAAUCAUCGAGGAAGACAUCAUGUCAUCAACAACAACGAAAACAUGGGUGUGGGAGCGAUUCUUAUUGAUCAAGGCACUAAGAAGAGAGGUGCAGAGGAGUCCUCUGUUUUGCCAUUGUUCCUCUUCCCAUGUGACCACAUUAGCUCUUCCUUUACUUAACAUCUUACUUGAAGCGAUUCUGUAG